UUGUAACUUCAGCUUUGGGUGUUUCCCAAAAAAAAAAAAUUACAUCUACUAGGUUCUCCACCACAAAACCCUCUUUCUUCAAAAAUAUCAUAUACCCUGUGUCUCUGAGCAUUCUUUCAUCUUCCCUACCAUAAAAAACCUUCUUUUAGAAGAAAUAUCACAUCUGUGAUGUCUUCUUCGUCUCACCCAGCCACAAGUACAUGCACAAUCGACUUCAUCACUCUCACUGAGUACAAAUCCAAGAUCAUCGUCGACAACCCAUCUCCGGCUGGCCUCCCUAAUCCGACAAUUAUGACCGGCACCGAUUCAUACCAACAGUUGACACUAAGUUAUGGAUCCUUUUUCUCGUCGUGGUCGUCGUCCACUGCUUCCGCCCAGGUUUGGUGGGAUUGAAAAAGUCCCAACAUGCUUGAAUCGUGAACUGGCUGAAAGGAAGCAUGAAAUUAUACCUCUUGACAGGGUUAUUUUUUUGUCUCUGUGUAUCGGCUUUGAUAGGCAUGGGAGAAUUAACAUGCCUGAUGCAUUCUUUAUCCGACAAUCAUGGAAACAAUGUACAUGCUCUUGGGGAUUCAGCCGACCCAUGGGGGUAAGGACAGGUGCUUUUUUUAGGGAAUCGAAAUUAGUGAAAGAAGGAAUUGGAAUUAUUUCCACUAGAAAAUUAUGAGGUCUUUGGUUUAUAUAUUGUUCAAGGAAUUUGGUGAAAGCAUUAAGGAGUUUACUAAUGAAGAAAUUGGUGAUGGCAUCUAUACUUUUUUCCCUGCUUUGUGGACAAAGUAAAAGGUCUAGACUGGGGGUCAUGUACAUGGUGAAAAUCUAAUCCUAACUAGCAAGAGUUUGCAGAAGUCAAGAUCCAUGUAUAGUUUCGUCGAUUGCCUGUGUUGUUCAUAGUUUCAUAACGGCAUUAAUACUACACUUGUCUAAGACGCGUUUGUAGAUCUCAAA